AUGGAUCGCGUCGUAGAUCUCGUGGCGCUCUUGCAGCCGUAUGCAGAGCUCGCCACUCCUUUGGACUUCCGCUUGCUGCAUGAACGCGUCGAUGGGUUAUCAGCAUCCAUAGGACUUGGCAGCGACCAGCUCCGCUAUGUCCUGUGCCUUUUUGCCGCAUAUCCACUGGCAGUUGUCUACAAAUUGCUGCCUGGUGCCAGUUUGAAGCACGUGAUGGACGUGGUCGUUGGCAUUUCUAUGGCCCAGUUUGUGCUUGGAUCGGGAUGGAUCCACUCGUUCAUAUCGAGCUUGAUCACGUUUCUGCUCGUGAAAUUUGGACCACCGAAACACGCGCCUGUGCUUGUGUUUGUCUUUAACAUGCUGUACAUGUCAGCAUCGCACAUUUACCGUUUGUAUGUGGACUACAUGGGCUGGACACUGGACUUUACGGGACCUCAGAUGCUACUGGUGAUUAAACUGACGAGCUUCGCCUACAAUUACUACGACGGCGUCGUGGACAAGACAAUGGCGAAAAAAGGCGCGGAAUUAACGGGUGGGGACAAGAAAUUGUACAGUGGCCGUCAGCAGCUUGCAAUUUACGAGAUUCCGAGCUUGUUGGAGUUUUUUGGGUACGUCUACAGCUUCACGACGUUCCUGGCUGGACCAGCGUUUGAGAUUCGAGAGUACUUGGACGUCACGAGUGGCAAAAAGUUUUUGCUCAACGGUCAGUACAAACAGCCGUCUAGUGUACUGGCAGCCUUUUCCAAAUUCCUGGUGGGGUCGCUACUCAUGGCGGUAUUUGCCGUCUACGGACCCGUGUACCCGCUGUCGAAUUUGCAUGACCCAAAGGUUGCGGCCCAGCCGCUGCUGUUUCAAAUCCGUGACUUGUACAUCACGCUGAUAUUUUGUAAGGCCAAGUAUUACUCUGCAUGGAAGAUUGCCGAGGGAGCGACAGUGCUGUGUGGCUUUGGAUUUGAGGGCUUCGAUAAGAAUGGCAGCGGUCGUGGCUGGAACGGCGUAAGCAAUAUGGACAUUCUUGGAUUUGAGUUCUCGCAGAGCAUUCGUGCAGCUUCUCGUGCCUGGAACAAGGGCACGCAGAACUGGCUGGAGCGUUAUGUGUACACACGCACAGGCAACUCGUUGAUGGCCACGUACUUCAUUUCGGCGUUUUGGCACGGAUUCUACCCGGGCUACUACCUGUUUUUUAUGAGCUUGCCACUGGCUACGGCAGUGAACCGCCUGGCCUUUAAGCGCCUCCGUCCGCGCUUCAUUGAGGCUGAUGGAUCAUUCGGGGCCAAAAAGAAAGUCUACGACGUGUUGAGCUACUUGCUGACGCUGUUCGCCAUGCAUUACUUUGUGAUGCCUUUUCAGGCGAUGUCGUGGGAGCACUCAUUGGCUUCGUUGAAGAACACUUACUUCGUCGGCCACGUCGCUGCAGUUGUGCUGUACAUCCUCUUUUCGAUCGUUCCUGCACCGAAGCCGAAGACGAAAAUGGCGUAG